AUGCAACCACUCGGGCUAGUCCCCGCAGUCGCCGCCGAGUCCUGGAAAAAAAACAAACACCAAACAAAACAACGACGACGAGAAAAAUCCUGGCUCGCCUUGUCCGCGUUUCCUCCCCCCCCCCAAUUUUUGUUUGGGCGCACAACAGCGGCGGCGGCGGCGCCGGCGGCCGAGCGGGACAUGAUGCCGGGACAGAUUCCGGACCCUUCGCUGGCGGCGGGCUCCCUGCCCUGCCUGGGCCCGCUGGCGGGCUUCUCGGCCACCACGCUGACCGACCAGCUGAAACUGGCCGACUUCCGCCAGCUGGGCGCCGUCUUCUCGCCGCUCCAAUUCCUGGGCAGGCUGGGAAAGCGGCCGCUGGCCAUCAAGACGGAGAUGGACGAAGACGAAGAGAGGAGGAAACGAAGGCGAGAGAAAAACAAAGUGGCGGCGGCGCGUUGCCGAAACAAGAAGAAGGAACGAACUGACUUCCUUCAGAGGGAGUCAGAACGUCUGGAGGUGGUCAACUCGGACCUGAAGGCUCAGAUCGAGGAGCUCCGCCUGGAGAGGCAGCAGCUGAUGGUGAUGCUCAACCUGCACCGGCCCACUUGCAUCGUGAGGACCGACAGCGUCAAGACCCCCGACGGCGAGGCCGACCCCCUCCUGGAGCGGCUGCCCGCCGACGCCAAGUGAGGCCGGGACGGACGGCGAGCCCCCGGUGCCAAAUUUCCCAUUUCCGAAACGGACGCUUUUGGGCAGUAUUGCCGCGUCGUUGCCGACACCUGCUGUGCCUCGUCACCCAUGACCAGUUGCGCGUAUGAAACGAAACAAAAGGGACCAACGGCAUCCGGGAGGGGGCCGGGGGGGGGAACAAACCACAAAUACUGUUGAGGGUUCUCCGACCCCCCCCACCACCACCACCACCACCACGGUGGUCCCGUCGCCUGCCAUCACAGGUUUUGCUUCGUACGCCAGGCGAGUUUGCCACUUUUUUUCUUUUUUUUUCGGAAGGGCUCUCAUCCGCCCCCCCGCCCGCCAACAACGGCAGUUUACCGGUUGAUCCGACUCGUGGUGACGCUGGCGUCAUGAAAAAUAGCACAUAACUCAAAUGUUUACAGCCUUUUUUUGUCCAUUUAUUAUUGUACUUGUUUUAUACUGCUUUGUACACAUUUAUGCGUAUGAAACGCCCGUCAAUCACUUGAUGUGAUGAUUAAAACUUCAACGUGU